CAAACACAGGGUAAAUCUCUCAACUUAUGGUCUUUUGCGUUUCUCUUCCCUUUGGUUUCUUCGUUCGUUCCUUCUUGUCCUUCCUUUCUCUUCCCCAUUCUUCUCCGCUUUCUGCCCUGAAUCUGUUUCUGCUUCUUCUUCUCUCGAAUAUCUGCCUGCAGGGGGCUUUGUACGGCAUUAUCAUCAUCGUAGGGAUGCAAAUUUCUUGUAG